AGAAAACAAGAUAUACGUUUACGUAUAAAUACGUUAGUGUGAGUAAAUUGGAUCACUGAAUCAUUCAGCUAGUUAACUAACUAACUAAUUGAUUGUCUAACAGCACUUCCUCACUUAUAAUGAUACAUUCAUCAACCGACAUGAAAUUGCCUUUUAUGAAUCGUUCAACUCAAGUUGCUGAAAUAUUACCAACUUGCCUAGUUGAUGCACAAUCGUAUACUCAUCAAAGAAAUGAAAAUACAACUGAAAUAUUGAAUCAACUUGAAACAUAUAAAAAUACAACAUUUAUCAAUUUAGAUAAUAUUCAACUCACAGAGAAUACAGUAUUAGACCAGUUAAUUAAAGAAUCAUUUACAUGUUCAAUAUGUCAAGGUCUAUUGGUUCGAGCACGUCUCUUGUCAUGUGGUCAUCAAUUUUGUCGUGAAUGUUUAUAUUAUUGGUUUAAGAUACGUCAUACUUGUCCUUUGUGUAGAACACGUGUUUAUACAAAUGUUCCAGCAAGACAUGUGGACAACUUUUUAGAUGAACUUAUUGAUCAGUGUUAUAGUGAGGAGUUAAAACAUCAGAGAAAAGGUAGAAAAUUUGAAUCUACCAGUGAAUUGCUGGAUUCUAGAUAUGAUCAAAUGGGUUCUGGAGAUAUUCUAAGAACUGUUACCGAGAGUUUCGUUCAGACUGCUUCAUAUGUGGACAGUACACAGUCCAAUGUGUGAACGAACUCUAAUUAGAUGAACUAACCUCCUGACACAAUAUAUGCUUGAACUGUAGAAAAGUCAAGCAUAACUUCAAUUAACAAUUUUACAUUCUAUUAAAAUAUGCAGCUUUUGUUUUUACUUGUACAGAUUAUGUUUCAUGAUUGUGCGCUUUUGUUUCAUUCUAUUGGGAAAGAAAAAACUUUUAUUGCAUAAAUA